CACUUUACCUGCCGCAGGCGCUUCCGGUUCCGGUACAGGGACUGCGCGGGAUCCAAGGCCCCGGGCAUGGCGGGGAGCCGGCUGGAAACCGUGGGGAGCGUUUUCACGCGGACGCGAGACCUGAUUCGGGCUGGGGUGCUGAAGGAGAAACCCCUUUGGUUGGACAUAUAUAACGCCUUCCCUCCACUGCGGGAGCCAGUCUUCCGAAGGCCUCGCUUGCGAUAUGGCAAAGCUAAAUCUCCUACCCAGGACAUCUUUUACCACGAGGAUCAGAUUAGAGCGAAAUUUUAUUCAGCCUAUGGAUCUGGUCCAAAAGCUUUUGAUCUGUUCAACCCAAACUUCAAGUCUACCUGCCAACGGUUCGUGGAGAAGUACAUUGAGCUACAGAAACUUGGAGAAACAGAUGAAGAGAAGUUAUUUGUGGAAGCAGGGAAGGCUUUGUUGGCGGAAGGUGUCAUUUUAAGACGAGUAGAAAAAGCAGGGACUCAACAGGAAGGUAGUCAAGUUUCCCAGAAAUCUGAAUCCAUGGGUGUCGAAUCCCAAACUGCGUUGGAGGAGAACCCGCCUCUGAAAGAAGUUCCACGGGCCCAGCAUCUGGAGGCACCUGGAGAAGAGUCGAAAGGCCUCUCACCUCCCUGAAGAACGUGUAUACCGUGUAUACUGACAUCCAAACUGGAUUCACUACUGGAAUGUUGAACUGGUUUUUAACAUUUGAACUUUGUAAAUGUUCCGUGAUCUCUGAGGCAUCGUGUUUGCCUUCUUUGGGUUCCCACUUCUGGGUUGUCAUAAAGCUCUGUUUUAUGGUUUGAAGAAGCAGUUAUGUGAAGUUUUAUGUUAUGGUGGUAUUAAAUAAAGAAUUCCUCGGUGCUUAUAAAGUAAAUUUACUCAAAAAUUGUAAAUAGCAUGAGAAAACCUUUAUAAGUAUUGUUUGAACGAGAUUCACUCUGAGUUGGUUUGCUUGGAGCCUUGUGUUCACAUUUGAUUCUCUGGUACGUUUCUUUUCUUGGAACCAUCCGAUUGUCACUUCCAUAUCACAUGUGGUUCCCUGGCCAGCUGUUUCUGUCUGUGAAUAAUCUUUGUACUUUUCGCUUGAGAGGCCAGGCUGACUUGUGCUUUGCAGUAAGAGCAAGGACCUAUCACUGAUGAUGAAGUAAGGUCAAAACUACAAUCUCAUGAAUUGAGUGCUGGAGACAGCAUAGACCUGCACAUAGUAGGCUGCUCAGGAAAGAUUUCUUGAAUGAAUGACUGAUCACAUCUAGCUGAAAGAUGAAUUCAGAUGAUGUCUCUGUAGGUACCUGAGCUGCUGAGAGGGAUGACGCUCCCCACCCCCAUCCACCUGCCUCCCUGGUAUCAAGCUCUCCUGCUUCAUUCAUUUUCUUAUCUUCUGCUGAAUAAAUACUUCUCAGCCAUUAUUAAU